GCCCCGUCCGCCCCGCCCCCUCCCAGCGGCCCGCGCGGCGCGGCCCGGCCCGGCCCGGGAGGACGCGGAGCCGCCGCCGCGGGCCCGGGCGCUGCCCGCGAUGCCGCUGCUGGUGAACGGGGAGCUGAUCGACCUGGCCCGGCCCACGAGAGACCUGAGCCGCGCCCACCCGCAGCUCGAGGAAAAGGCAAAACUUCUGAGGAGUCAGCCUGCUCGCGUCGUGGAGCCCAAAGGUCUCCUCUACGUCCAGCAGCGGGAAUUCGCAGUGACCACCCCUGGGGAUGGUUCUGUUUCCAUUCUCGGAUCAGAUGACGCGACUACCUGCCACAUAGUUGUGCUCCGACACACAGGCAGCGGAGCCACGUGCUUGACGCACUGUGACGGGUCGGACACGGAGGCCGAGGUGUCGCUCAUCAUGGGCGCGGUGAAGUCUUUCUCUGACCCCACGGGACGCGGAAGGCUGGAAGUGCACCUAGUUGGAGGUUUCAAUGAUGAUAGGCAGUUAUCACAAAAACUUACUAAUCAGCUUCUUAGAGCCUUCCAUCUCCAGCCCGAUGAGCUUCAUCUAGUGACUUUCUGCGUGACAGAACUAAAUGACAGAGAAGAAAAGGAUAUUCACUUUCCGAUAAUUUAUGGAAUAGCUGUGAACGUUAAAACAGCAGAGAUUUUCCCUGCGACCUUCCCAGAAAAGGGGCCAGAUGAGGAUUUGCGUUCAGCCCGUGUUUUAACAGGAGCAACAUUCAAAGUCCCAUUUGUCAGCUGUCUCCUUCCCCCGCGUGCACCCUGUCUAACGCAUACGGCCCCACUGUCCUUGCAGCUGACUAACGUUUAUGAUGCAAAGACAGAAGAGCUGCACAUUGGGCCAUAUUUCUGGAGGCCUUUCCCAUAUGUGGAUUUUUGGCUGGAACAAGACGAUAAACAGAUUUUACAGCUCUUGCCCCUGUCUUGUUUUUCAGAAUCUUUCCACAUCACCCCUGGCUGAGCCACCCCACUUUGUUUCCCACAUUAGAUCUACAUUAACAUUUUUAAAAGAACAUCCAUUUCCAUCUCGCUCCCUAUUUCCUGACAGGAAACCUCGUAUCUACAAAAAAAAUGAAGAAGGGUUGUGGGAACAGGUUUGUUCCGACAAGAUGUAACCUGGAACCAAACACCACAAACGGCUUUAGGGAAGUCUAGGCUUGCGAGAAGAGCAAUUUGUUGCAAAAAGGCGUAUUGCUGGUCACAAACAAUACUGUUCCUGUGCUUUUCAAAAUAAAGUAUUUUGACAGAA